GUCAGGAUGAGGAGGCGGAGGUCGGCGCUCCGGUCCGUCUCUGCCCGAGGCUGUGGCGGCGCCGGCGGCUCCGGGCCUAGCGGCUCCUCCCUGGGCGGCGGCGGCCGCGGCUCGGUCGACGCCUGCUCCGCCAGCUGAGCCCGCGGCGGCCCGGGACGCCGCCCGCCCGCCGUCCCCGCUCCCCGAGGCUUUCUCUUCAGCAACGGGUAGCAGAAUUGGAAAAAAUUAAUGCAGAAUUUUUGCGUGCACAGCAGCAGCUUGAGCAAGAAUUUAAUCAAAAGAGAGCAAAAUUUAAGGAGCUGUAUUUGGCUAAGGAGGAGGAUCUGAAGAGGCAAAAUGCAGUAUUGCAAGCUGCACAGGAUGAUUUGGGUCACCUUCGGACACAGCUGUGGGAGGCUCAGGCAGAGAUGGAGAAUAUUAAGGCCAUUGCUACAGUCUCUGAAAAUACUAAGCAAGAAGCUAUAGAUGAAGUUAAAAGGCAGUGGAGAGAAGAAGUUGCUUCACUUCAGGCUGUAAUGAAAGAGACAGUCCGUGACUAUGAGCACCAGUUUCACCUGAGGCUGGAGCAGGAGCGAGCACAGUGGGCGCAGUACCGAGAGUCUGCAGAGCGGGAAAUAGCCGAUCUGAGAAGAAGAUUGUCUGAAGGCCAAGAGGAGGAGAAUUUAGAAGACGAAAUGAAAAAGGCCCAAGAGGAUGCUGAAAAGCUUCGUUCCGUCGUGAUGCCCAUGGAGAAGGAAAUUGCAGCUUUGAAAGAUAAACUGACAGAUGCCGAAGACAAGAUUAAAGAGCUGGAGGCCUCAAAGGUUAAGGAACUGAAUCACUACCUGGAGGCCGAGAAGUCGUGUAGGACAGACCUGGAGAUGUACGUGGCUGUUCUGAACACUCAGAAGUCUGUCCUACAGGAAGAUGCCGAGAAACUGAGGAAGGAAUUACAUGAAGUUUGCCAUCUCUUGGAGCAAGAACGGCAGCAACACAACCAGCUGAAACACACGUGGCAGAAGGCCAAUGACCAGUUCCUGGAGUCUCAGCGUCUGCUCAUGAGAGACAUGCAGCGCAUGGAGGCUGUGCUCACUUCUGAACAGCUUCGGCAGGUUGAGGAGCUCAAGAAGAGAGAUCAGGAGGAGGAUGAACAACAAAGGCUAAAUAAGGGAAAAGAUAACAAUAAAACAGAUACUGAAGAAGAAGUAAAAAUCCCAGUAGUCUGUGCUUUAACUCAAGAAGAAUCUUCAGCCCCGUUAUCAAAUGAAGAGGAGCAUUUAGACAGCACCCAUGGGUCAGUCCAUUCCUUGGACGCAGACUUGCUGUUACCAUCUGGAGAUCCGUUCAGUAGAUGUGACAACGACAUGUUUAAAGAUGGGCUCCGCAGAGCUCAGUCUACAGAUAGCUUGGGAACAUCAGGCUCCUUGCAAUCCAAAGCUUUAGGCUAUAACUACAAAGCAAAAUCUGCCGGAAACUUGGAUGAGUCGGAUUUUGGACCCCUGGUUGGGGCGGAUUCUGUGUCUGAGAACUUUGAUACUGCCUCCCUUGGAUCACUGCAGACACCCAGUGGGUUUAUGUUAACCAAAGAUCAAGAGAGCGCAAUCAAGGCGAUGACGCCUGAGCAGGAGGAGACCGCGUCCCUCCUCUCCAGCGUCACCCAGGGCGUGGAGAGUGCUUACGUGUCUCCCAGUGGCUACCGCUUAGUGAGCGAGACGGAAUGGAACCUGCUGCAGAAAGAGGUACAUAAUGCUGGAAAUAAGCUUGGUAGACGUUGUGAUAUGUGUUCCAAUUAUGAAAAACAGUUGCAAGGAAUUCAGAUUCAGGAAGCUGAGACAAGAGACCAGGUGAAAAAGCUGCAGGUAAUGCUGAGGCAAGCUAAUGACCAGCUAGAGAAGACGAUGAAGGAGAAACAGGAGCUAGAAGAUUUUAUUAAGCAGAGCACUGAGGACUCAGGCCACCAGAUAUCUGCACUGGUCCUGAGGGCCCAAGCCUCAGAGGUCUUGCUUGAAGAGUUACAACAGAGCUUUUCCCAGGCAAAGAGGGACAUUCAGGAACAGAUGGCGGUGCUGAUGCAGUCUCGAGAGCAGGUGUCGGAGGAGCUGGUGCGGCUGCAGAAGGACAACGAGAGCCUCCAGGGGAAGCACAGCCUGCACGCGUCCUUGCAGCUGGCAGAGGGCUUCGUCCUUCCCGACUCCCUGGAGGUGCUCCGGGAACUGGUGUUAAAGUAUCGUGAGAACAUCGUUCACGUGCGGACGGCAGCAGACCACAUGGAAGAGAAGCUGAAGGCAGAAAUACUUUUUCUGAAAGAGCAGAUUCAAGCAGAGCAGUGCUUAAAAGAAAACCUUGAAGAGACACUACAGCUGGAAAUAGAAAACUGCAAGGAGGAGAUCGCUUCCAUUUCUAGUCUAAAAGCUGAAUUAGAAAGAAUAAAAGUUGAAAAGGGACAGUUGGAGUCUACAUUAAGAGAGAAGUCGCAACAGCUUGAGAGUCUCCAAGAAAGAAAAGUUAAUUUAGAGGAACAGUUAAAGAAAGAAACUACUGCCAAGGCUACUGUUGAACAGCUCAUGUUUGAAGAGAAGAACAAAGCUCAGAGGUUACAGACAGAAUUAGAUGUCAGUGAACAAGUCCAGAGAGAUUUUGUGAAACUGUCUCAGACUCUUCAGGUGCAGCUGGAGAGGAUCCGGCAGGCAGACUCCUUGGAGAGAAUCCGGGCCAUUCUCAAUGACACUAAACUGACAGACAUUAACCAGCUCCCCGAGACAUGACGCCCUGCCAGCAGGGUUCUAACCUGUGUUUUGGGUUUUUAACUCAUCUUUAGAAUAACAUUAUUAUUUAACUCUUAAUGGAAGAAGUCACAGCGAAAGGAAGACUGGAGAAAUGCAGCUCUGGAGGGAGAAGGCUGCCGUGUGCAGGGACAGCCAACAGACCUUUCAAAGGGAACACUAACGAGACACCGGACUGGAUUCCAACAGGCGUGGGGUCCGAUGCCGGGCCAGAAAAGUCGUUUCCUUGUCUGCAUUCUCCAACGUGGAUUCUGGAACACAUUUCCUGGCCACUUCCUGAGAGCAUUUGGAUUAUGUUUUCUGUUCAUACAAACUGGGAGAGUAGGUUUUUCCCCUGUUGUCUAGGGCUCACCAGUAGCAGUGUUCAGCUAGCAGAGGGUAGUGCGGUAUGAGUAUUUUAUAUUAAAAUAUCAAGUGUGAGAGCAGGCCCUUGGCUAUUGACUGUAUUUCCCUUGCUCAGUGCUUUUUUUUUUUUUUUUUUUUCCUUUUUACCAUUUCAUCUUCUGUGGAGGACCUUAUGUGCUACUGAAACUUUGCCUGAGAACUAUAGGACCAUGGCAAACAAACGCAAGAACGCAAGUCAACAAAAUGAGGAGAAUCCGAACACGUGGCUGAGGCCAAAUUAUAUAUAGGAAGUGGAAAUUAAGGAAAAAAAAAAAAAAAAGCACAAGAAACCUUGGAAGCACUUUUUUCUGCACACCAGGAUGAAUUUCCUGGGCCCACAGGUACCAGGGCAAAGGAGAACUGGCGCCAUCUACCUUUCCGAAGUGUUUUAGUUACUGGAUCAGUGGAAAAAAGUAAUAUUAAUAAAACAAGCUAUCUCUGA